GGGUUUAUGGUGGGCUUUAGGCCGAAACAAAGUCAAAAGGUAAGCACCACACUUUCGUGUUCUCCAAGUCCUUCAUUGAACACUAAAACGCCGGUCAUCUCUUCACCAUCAUUUUAAACAACCACUGCAACAAACUCCACAGCAUUUCUAUUUCAAUUUCACCAUCAUCAUCAUUGCUUUACAGCAGACGCUAUGCUGAAGGUUUUAAGGUCUUCUUCGUGCUUACAACAAGCUCGUUUCACCACCACAACGACGUCGUAUUCACCCAACAGGAUCAAAUUAACUUCUCCGUUUCACGGAGUCUUGCGCUCUGUCUUAGGGUUUCGAAACCCUAAAUCGGUGCACAGAGUUUUCUUCUGUUCGGAUUCCAGUGAUAAAUCUGCUUCGGAUACUGUUGUUGAAGAUGCUGAAUCCAAUGCUGCAGCCGCAAUUGUUCCUACUGCUAUCAAAAAACCGGAUGAUUUUCUCACGGUGUUAGCAUUGCCAUUGCCGCAUAGACCUUUGUUUCCUGGAUUUUAUAUGCCUAUAUAUGUCAAGGAUCCUAAACUGCUAGCAGCAUUGGUAGAAAGUCGAAAACGACAAGCUCCUUAUGCUGGUGCUUUUCUUGUAAAAGACGAACCUGGAUCUGAGCCCACCAGUUCAGAUGCGGAGAAGAAUAUAUAUGAGCUCAAGGGCAAAGAUUUGCUUAACCGCCUCCAUGAAGUUGGUACACUGGCUCAGAUUACAAGUAUACAAGGAGACCAGGUUGUUCUUAUCGGUCAUAGGCGGCUGCGGAUAACAGAGAUGGUCAGUGAAGACCCGCUUACAGUCAAAGUGGAUCAUCUUAAGGAUUCGCCAUACAACAAGGAUGAUGACGUGAUCAAGGCAACAUCAUUUGAAGUCAUAACAACCCUUAGAGAUGUUUUGAAGACAAGUUCUCUUUGGAGGGAUCAUGUUCAAACCUACAAUCAGCAUAUUGGUGAUUUUAAUUAUCCAAGAUUAGCAGACUUCGGUGCUGCAAUAUCUGGUUCCAACAAAUUACAAUGCCAGCAAGUGCUUGAAGAGUUAGAUGUGUACAAACGAUUGAGACUCAGUCUUGAACUAUUAAAGAAAGAAAUGGAGAUACAUAAGAUUCAGGAAUCCAUAGCAAAAGCUAUCGAAGAGAAAAUAAGUACUGAACAACGCCGUUACUUGUUAAAUGAGCAGUUUAAGGCUAUCAAAAAGGAAUUAGGACUUGAGACUGAUGACAAAACGGCACUUACUGAUAAAUUUAGGGAUAGAAUUGAUCCAAACAAGGAGAAAAUCCCGCCUCAUGUUCUGCAAGUUAUCGAAGAAGAACUGAAGAAACUGCAACUCUUGGAAGCCAGUUCGAGUGAAUUUAAUGUUACACGUAACUAUCUUGAUUGGUUGACUGCCUUACCCUGGGGUAAUUAUAGUGAUGAAAACUUUGAUGUCCUACGGGCUCAACAAAUUCUUGAUGAGGAUCAUUAUGGGUUGACUGAUGUUAAAGAAAGAAUACUUGAAUUUAUUGCUGUGGGAAAACUCAGAGGAACAUCACAAGGAAAAAUCAUUUGCCUUUCUGGCCCACCUGGAGUGGGUAAAACCAGCAUUGGUCGUUCAAUUGCACGCGCUUUGAACCGAAACUUUUAUCGAUUUUCUGUUGGUGGAUUGUCUGAUGUUGCUGAAAUCAAGGGACAUCGUCGUACCUAUAUAGGUGCAAUGCCCGGGAAAAUGGUGCAGUGUCUAAAAAGCGUAGGAACUGCAAACCCUCUUGUUCUUAUCGAUGAGAUUGACAAGUUGGGAAGGGGACAUGCAGGUGAUCCCGCAAGUGCUAUGUUGGAGCUGCUUGAUCCAGAGCAAAAUGCUAAUUUCUUAGAUCACUAUCUCGAUGUUCCAAUUGACUUGUCAAAGGUUUUGUUUGUAUGUACAGCGAAUGUAGUGGAAACAAUACCAGGUCCACUUUUGGACAGAAUGGAGAUAAUUCCUAUUGCUGGUUAUAUUACUGAUGAAAAAGUACAUAUUGCCAGAGAUUAUUUAGAAAAGAACACCCGUGAUGCGUGUGGUGUCAAGCCCGAGCAGGUUGACUUGACAGACGCAGCGCUUCUUUCUUUGAUAGAAAAUUACUGCCGAGAAGCUGGGGUUCGUAAUCUUCAAAAACAAAUUGAGAAAAUUUACCGCAAGAUUGCUUUGCAUUUAGUUCGACAAGGAGCACAAAAUGAACCUAGUGAGUCAACUCAGGAUGCAACUGAUUCCAAGGAGAUUGAAGAAGCUGAAGUUGUCGAGACAAAUGUUUCAGCUGCUACUCAUACCCCUGAUUUGAAGGAUAAUGAAGCAACGGAGAAAGUGUUGGUUGAUGAGAAAAACCUUGCAGACUAUGUCGGAAAACCGGUUUUCCACGCUGAACGCAUGUAUGACCAGACACCAUUAGGAGUUGUGAUGGGUCUUGCAUGGACCGCAAUGGGCGGGUCCACUUUAUAUAUAGAGACUACACAGGUUGAACAAGGUGAAGGGAAGGGAUCACUUCAUCUAACGGGUCAACUCGGUGAUGUCAUGAAGGAAAGUGCCCAAAUUGCUCACACUGUUGCCAGAGCAAUACUAGGUGUAAAAGAUCCUGAUAACCCGUUUUUUGCAAAUUCCAAGGUUCAUUUACAUGUCCCGGCUGGUGCUACACCUAAGGACGGGCCUAGUGCUGGUUGCACCAUGAUUACCUCCUUGCUUUCACUUGCAAUGAACAAGCAAGUCAAGAAAGACCUAGCCAUGACCGGGGAAGUGACUCUAACGGGCCGGGUUCUUCCGAUUGGUGGGGUGAAGGAGAAGACCAUUGCUGCGAGACGAAGCGGCGUGAAGACUAUUAUAUUUCCUUUGGCUAACAAAAGAGACUUUGAUGAGCUGGCACCUAAUGUGAAGGAAGGUCUUGAUGUGCACUUUGUAGAUGACUACAAUCAAAUAUUUGAUUUGGCUUUUGAAACUGAAAAAUAAAAGCUACUAUUCUGGUACCAAAGUCCAUAUCCCUGUGUGCAUGUUGAAGCUCUUUCUGACUCGCUCUGCUCGCCCCACUGGUGAAACUAACAGGUUUGUUGUUCAAAUUAUACAUUAUGAAAUCUCAUCAGGACAAGAUUUUUUAGCUAGUUUCAAUUUUUUUUGCAGUGUCACAUUAUGAGAAAAACAAUUGUAACAUGCAUAACAGCCUUCAAUAAGGUUGCCAAAUAAUGUUAGUUCCAUGAGUUUAAAUACAUUAACUUGCGGUUUUUGGUCCA